UAUAUGAAAUCAAAAAAGAUGAUAGUGACCAAGUAAAAAAAAGAUAUUUCAUAGUAGAACACUUUUUUUUUUUCUCGACCCAAAACCUACUUCGUUGGCCCAUACGGACCCAUGUUUUAAGUCGUUUCAAGCGAAAGGCAGACAGGCCCGCUCGAUCAAAAAAGCAGUCACUUGACAAGCACCUUAAAUUUUUAGCACCAUGACUUCUAAGCCAGACAUUGUUUCUUUUACUUUCUUACCAUGUCUCAAACACCUACAGCUGAAAGCAGAGCUCAACGUCGUGCUCGUGAACGACAGGAAUUGAAGGCAGCAAAACGUCUGGCCAGCUUCAAUUCCGACACCAAGACUUUAUCCACUGAUAGUAUUCCGACUAAGGCAUCGUUGAACAAUAAGAAGAAGCAUAGAAAGUCGAACGUGAGUCCAACAAGGCCAUCAUUCGAUACGCAAGUCUCCAGUUCUCCUGGAUCAAAAAUUUCCGCUGUGGUAGGAAAAAGCCCCUGUAAACUGAUCAUGGUUGAAUCCGCUGGUGCUCCUUUUGUUUCUGUGGAAGCAACCUACUUCAUGAAGGUUUCCGUCGCCCCUACCAUCACCGCCACGAAGCCCGUCGAACAGCAACCCGUUGUUAAUGAACCAGAGGUAGUAGAAGCACCCAAGGUUGAAGCGCCUUUGGUGGAGCAAACGCCGCAGAAGGAGAAUUCUCAGGAGAACAAUGGGGGUAAUUCAUCCUUGGUCGAUCCAACCGUUGACGACACGAUGAAUGCAGCCAUCGUAACUGAAGCCGAGAAGGAAUCGGAAAGGUCCUCCGAAAUAGCACAUUCCUCCAUUGCUACCCCAGAGACCACCGUUAUUGCCUCCUCCCCUGCAUGCAACGACAGCCAUGCCGAGCCUAACAAGUCCGCUGUCACAUUAAUUGGAAAUGAAGAAUCGGAAAAGCCAUCUGCUCCACAACAACAAGCAAACACACCAGCUCCUACUUUACAAACAGUUAACACACCACCAGUUGAAACUUCAAGAAGCAAGUCGCCUUCCGGAGUGAACGGAAAGAAAUCUCCCAAUUUGCUUGAUAUUCUCAAGGAGAAAUCAAAAAAGUCCAAGUCAGAUUCAAAGAAAGAGGCCAAAGAGUCCAAGAAGAAGCCAUGGCAGUUCUGGAAGAAGUAAGGAGUAGCCUACUUUUUCCUUAGACCGGUUUUUUGAUUUGCUACCAUCAAUCACCCACCGCUUCGUAAUUUUCUAAACUCAAAUGUACAUUUUGUUCCCUUCCCUUCGCAACAUAGAUACACGUUACAUACAUACAAUGUAAUUUCUUCUUCCUAUUUUUUUUUUUUUAUAAUUAGUUUAUGCCUGAAAAAUAUUUCAUUUGACCUUACUAUUUACCAUAAAACAUAAAGAUGUGCAGAAAUGUUUGAAAUAA